GUACACGGGCUGCGUGUUGUUUUGUUUGUCACAUGUUGAUUUAGUUCAGACUUUCCCCUCAUCUUUUACUGAAGUUGCAGCCGUUGUUAUAAUCCCGUUUUGUUCAGGUUGGUCGCUCUAAAGUUCCUCCGUAAGAAAAAUGUCUGUUGAUAAAGAGGAGACACAUCAGAGGUUGAAGGCAGCGGUGCAUUACACAGCGGGUCGUAUAUGUCAGAAGAUCGCAGAGGAGCACCGGAGAGAGUUCAGCCGACAAGUCAUAGCGGCCAUAGCCGAGACAGCAGUGAGACAAUGCGAUAUUUUUGCGAAAGACCUGGAGGCCUUUGCAAGGCAUGCUAAAAGAAGCACAGUGUCUACAGAGGAUGUAAAGCUCAUAGCCCGGCGCAGUACUGCAUUGUCUGUCUACAUACAAAAUAAAAGUGAAGAACUGAACCAGGACCAGAGGGAUUUGAAAAAGAAGAAUACCGGGAAGAGGAAGAGCAGAGACACAGAGGAGGAGGAGAGCAGAGAAUAAGGACAAGACACAAGCAGACCUGCAGUGUCUCACUUUGUACCCAACAUUCAAAUAAAACAUGAAGCUGACUAAUACAUGACAAUGAAGUGCCAUCAAAAGGUGCCAUAGUCAUUCUUUCAUGGGAAUUAUGCAUUUCAUCUCAUUUGAUGUCACAUUACAAUAGUUUCAUGUACACUUACUGCAGACGUAGAGCAAAUAACUUCUGUCUGUGCUCUGUCCUGGGACUUGCUGAUGUAACAUAGUGCAACUGGCAGUCAAAGAAACAUUGACUAACAGAACUCUAAAUUACUUCACUGCUAAAUUACAUACCUGCCAUGUUUCUCUUACCUCAAAUGGACUGUUAAGACUGUCAGGCAAACUACCCAGUGAUCACUUUAUAAGGUGCACCUGUACAACCCAACACAAUCCAAUAUACUUGCCGUAAAUUCUACUUGUAAUAGGCGCUGUAGCAUUGAGACCAUAGUGGUUUACUAAAGUACGUUGUAUUCAGAGGUGUUUCUAAUAUUCUGCCUCCUCGUGCAUGUAAAUUGGAACAAUUCAAAUUCCAGUACGUCACCUAUGACCUUAGUAUUAAACUUGAUUUACACACUUCUGACAGUGUCAUCAAAACUGACUAAAUUCAAACACGGCAGAGCAGUUGAAUUGCAGUAGAGUGUACAGGUGUGCCUUACAAAGUGGCUACUGAGCAUCUAAGGCCAUUUAGAAAUCCCCAUCACUAAUUCCAACACUCAGCUAUGUGCCCUUAGUUUAGCAAAAUUAGGGUCAAAACAUACUGACUUAGAGGUGAUGCCACAUUUACUGAGCUCAUCUGUUCAAAGACAAUAACCCCCCACCCCACAACUUUUCUCUAACCUCAAAAAGUAGCUGAGAAUAAUCAAAUGGGAUAAUUCACUCUGACAAGCCAUCAAAA